AUGAAACGAAAAGAAACAAAACCCUCAAAAACCCUACGCUCCCAUUCUCUCUCUGUCUCUGACACCGCGCCUCUUUGAAUCCCGCUUGAUCGAUGGCGACCCUCUCGCUGGACGAGGAAACGUCGAAGAAAGUCAUACGACAGGUGGAGUUCUACUUCAGCGAUAGCAACCUUCCCAGAGACAAUUUUUUAAAGAAAACCGUCACUGAAAGCCAAGAUGGCAUGGUUAGUUUGGCUUUGAUUUGCUCUUUCAAUCGGAUGCGACAGCAUCUUAAUUUGGGGGAUGUUAAGCCUGCUGAGGUAACAGAAGACACUGUUAAAGCUGUUGCUCAAGCUUUGAGAAACUCGGCCUCGCUUAAAAUCUCGCAAGAUGGUAACAAAGUUGGCCGGGCAACUGAACUUCCAAAGCCAGAAGAAGUGAUUGAGCAGGUAGAGAUCAGAACAAUUGCUGCAUCACCAUUUGAAUAUAGUGUGAAGCUUGAAGACGUCGAAACAUUUUUUGGUCAAUAUGGCAAGGUUAACAGUGUUCGAUUGCCUCGCCAUGUUGGAGACAAAAGGUUCUUUUGUGGUACUGCCCUUGUUGAGUUCGCAACAGAUGAAGAAGUGGAAAAAGUUUUGAAGCAAAGACUAGUCUACGCAGGGGCUGAGUUGGAAUUAAAGCCAAAGAAGGACUUUGAUGCAGAGAGAGAAAAAGAAUUAGAAGAGCAUGAAAAAUCUCGUUUAUCAGGUGGUUCAGAUCACCAAUGUAACACAAAUACAGAAUCAAACUACCCUAAAGGCUUACUCAUAGCCUUCAAACUAAAGGGUGUUUCAGAUAAAGUUCCUUCAGAACAAAAUAACACUGAUCAACAAACCAAUGACAAUAAUGCUGUAUCCAAAACAGAUCAACAAAAUCCCUCUGAAUCUGAAACUUCUGGCAAGGAAAGUGAUCAAAAGAUAUCAGAAUCUGAAAAUGUUGACAAUGAUAAAGAAAACAAUGAGGUGAGUGAAGGAAAGGAGACUGAAAGGGAAGAUAAGUGUAAAGAAACUGAUGGAAAAAUUUCAGCUGCUGCUUACAAGGACAACAAGGAUGUUGUCUUACGUGAGGAUUUGAAGGGUGUCUUUGAGAAGUUUGGUAAUGUGAAGUUCAUUGAUUUCAAGAUUGGAGAUGAGUCAGGAUACAUUCGCUUUGAAGAACCUGAAGCUGCCCAGAAAGCUCGUGCUGCUGCAGUUCUUUCUGAAAACGGGGGCAUAGUUGUGAAGAAUUAUAUAGCGACUCUAGAUCCCGUGACUGGUGAGGCUGAGAGAGAAUACUGGAGCCUGCUUCGUGGUAAUCAAGAAAAGCGCCGAGAAUCUUUCAAUAACCGAGGAAGGGGAGGAAAGCAUGGUAGAGGGGGCAGACAUAGCCGCUCUAGAGAGAAUGAAUCUGCAGGAGGUCGCCCACAUAAAGUGAGAAAGUAUUAAUGAAAUAUGAUUACAGUUAACUUAUAGAAAACAGUUUUUGAGCUGUUGAACGAGCUUACCAAUUUUUGAUCUCUUUAUUGCUGGCAUCAAGAAGUGCAGCACGAAUAUGAUGUUGCUCUCAGCUAUUUUUAGGUUUCUUGCUUAAAUGUAGUGACACUUAAUUAUCGCUAUUCUGCACUUUGCCGUAUUAUAACUCAAUAUAUACCUUUCUCCUUUUUUAAAUCUUUUUUGGUAUUUUGUUAUGAAUUUUGAUUAUUUAACUAGGUAUUUUUUUAUG